AGCGUUGCCUGAGAAAAGUUUGAACUCUUGGUCGAAGUCUAUACGAGCGUAACUGAAGAGAGAUCGGAACAUGGGUAUUCAACGCUGUUUGGGAAUAUUGAGGAAUUUUUCUCGUUUUUCUAUGGCAAAUCAUUGUAGACUUCAGUUUACACAAGCUGCCACAAAAUGGACUCACGUAAAUUACAACAUAAAAAAUGGAGUGGCAGUAAUACGAUUAAACUCUCCAGGCUCAAAGGUGAAUGCCUUGUCCAGUGAAGUCAUGCAGGAAGUUAAACAAGUGAUGCAAGAAGUGAUGGUAAGCCCUCAUGUCUCUGGUGUGGUGUUGAUGUCUUCCAAACCAGGCUGUUUCAUUGCAGGAGCUGACAUUGGGAUGUUGGAAGCAUGCCAAACAACAGAAGAAGUCCAGAAACUGUCUAAGGAAGGACAGAACAUGCUACAAGAGCUAGAAAACAGUAACAAGCCUAUUGUAGCUGCCAUUAUGGGUUCUUGUUUAGGUGGAGGACUUGAGGUUGCAUUAGCAUGCCAAUAUCGGAUUGCUGUGAAGGACAAAAAGACAACGCUUGGACUACCAGAAGUGAUGCUUGGUCUGCUCCCAGGGGCUGGGGGGACACAGAGACUCCCAAAACUUAUAUCAAUCCCAAGUGCUCUUGAUAUGAUGUUGACUGGAAGAAGUAUUCGACCAGAUAAAGCAAAGAAAAUGGGCCUUGUUGACCAACUAGUCAUGCCCUUAGGUCCUGGACUGGACACACCUGAAGAACGAACUCUUAGUUAUCUGGAAGAAGUUGCAGUGGAUACAGCAUCAAAAUUGGCCAGAGGUGAAAUGAAACCUCAGAGAAAGCGUCCUCUUAUUGAAAGAGUAACACAAAAAGCUUUUAGCUACUCUUACAUCAGGGAGCAACUGUUUAAAAAAGUUCAAGCUCAGGUUAUAAAACAAACUCAAGGUCUCUAUCCUGCUCCCCUGAAAAUCCUGGAGGUUGUUAAGACAGGUCUUGAAAGUGGUUCUACUGCUGGCUACCAAGCAGAGUGCAUGGGAUUUGGUGAACUGGCAAUGACACCUCAUUCUAGAGCUCUGAUUGGUCUUUAUCAUGGUCAAACACUGUGUAAGAAGAACCGAUUUGGAGCACCUAGCAUCUAUGCCAAAAAAGUAGGAGUUGUGGGUGCUGGACUGAUGGGUGCUGGGAUUGCACAGGUUAGUGUAGACAAAGGUUAUGAAGUGAUCCUAAAGGAUGUCACUGCUGCUGGACUGGCUCGAGGAGAACAUCAAAUUGAAAAGGGAUUAUGGGAUGCUCAUAAGAAGAAGAAAAUAACAGAGUUUGAAAAGGAACGCUUCUUGUCCAACCUUGAGCCAGUUCUCAAUUAUUCCAAAUUUAAGGAUUGUGAUAUAGUCAUAGAGGCAGUUUUUGAAGAUAUUGAAAUCAAACAUAUAGUUCUAAAGGAGGUAGAACAGAGCAUACUUGACCAUUGCAUUUUUGCAUCCAACACAUCAGCACUACCCAUUUCCAAAAUUGCUGAAGCUAGCAAACGACCAGAAAAAGUCAUUGGAAUGCACUACUUUUCUCCUGUGGACAAGAUGCAGCUCCUCGAAGUGAUCACCACAGACAAGACAUCCAGUGAUACUGCAGCAAUGGCUGUAGAUGUUGGACUUAAACAAGGAAAGGUUGUAAUUACUGUAAAAGAUGGGCCAGGAUUUUACACAACGCGUAUUCUGGCUCCUAUGUUGGCUGAAGCAAUGAGAAUAUUACAAGAAGGUACAAAUGUGAAAGAACUAGAUUCUCUGACCAAAAAGUUUGGAUUUCCUGUUGGAGCUGCCACCCUGGUUGAUGAAGUUGGCAUUGAUGUUGCUGCACACAUAGCAGAAGACUUGGCUGGAGUGUUUGGAGAAAGAUUUGGUGGCUCAGAUGUAGGAAUCUUGAAAGAUCUGGUAGCAGCAGGCUGCUUGGGUCGUAAGUCUGGAAAGGGUUGUUUUGUUUACACACCAGGAGUUAAAGAAAGAGACAUUAAUCCUGAAGCUGAGAGAAUCUUGAAGAAAUAUGCCCUAGUUCCAGUUAAACAGAACACCACAGAAGAGCUACAGAUGAGACUGAUCUGUAGAUUUGUAAAUGAAUCUGUUUUAUGCCUUCAAGAAGGAAUAUUAGCCAAUCCUCUUGAAGGAGACAUUGGAGCUGUAUUUGGACUAGGCUUCCCACCCUUCCUAGGAGGACCGUUCCGUUACAUAGAUUCAUACGGGGCUGACAAAAUUGUGGGAUGGAUGGAGAAGUUUACAGAGCUAUAUGGACCUCAAUUUAAGCCAUGUGAGCUUUUGAUAGAUCAUGCUCGAGACCCAACCAAGAAUUUUCACAUAAAGAAAAACUGAUAUAUCCUAGCCCAUUGGAUGAGCCUUAACAAUGCAACUGGAAUUUCCAAGUUUACAUUAUAGAAUAGCUUGAUCCCAGCUGAUUAUUAGUAAUUUGUAUUGUCAGUCAAGGGAAUAAGGGAGAGAAAUUACAAUUAAGGUUUGCAGAUUAUGAUGAUAACAUUCCAAGUUAUAGAAAAAUUGGGGAAAUUCAAGCCUUGAAAUGUUUGAAUGAUGUGAAAACUGGCUGUGUUUUAAGAAAUAUCUACCAUUGAAACAACUUAUCUGUAUAGUUAAUUUAAAACAUAGAUUU